AACAAUGAAGUUGAUUUAUUAAAGAAUUUUUAGUAUCAGACGGUUUUCUGGUUUGCGCAAUUCCUAUCGAUCGUACAUGUUUUCCAAUCGUACUGUACUCUAAUCAACUCUGCUUUUCAGCGUCAUUUGUUUGCCUUUGACGUUAAUUCAAUUUUGACAGCGGACGCCAGAAAAGUUUUCCAAUUUUAGCGUUUUGUUUUUUCUGCUUACUUUCGCGCAAUUUUUGUGAGUUUCCCUUUAAAAACAAUAAAAAAUUACAGUGCGAAGUCGCAAAAAUAUAGAAGUACCCACAAAUCUCCACGGAAAAGGAGCACGCAAUGGAUUUCCAAUUCGUGCUACCAACAACCAAUGCAGAACUGCUGAACUCAAGCGGGGAUAGCUAUUAUGUCAAGCAAGUCUAUGCUCCUAAUGAAAUUAGUGAGCGUUUACGCGCAUGCAAACAGAUGGUACAACAAGGGGACCCAUUUUACAUGUUUGAUCAUUUCGACACGUACUUCACCAUAAUAGAAGGUCGCGGUUGCGAUCCCGCUACCAUUACCAAUCUUAUGCGUAGCUUCGAUCUACUGUACAUCACGGUCGACAAACUGGGUCAACGUUUAGCACCGAUACUAUCCUGCAGCGAUGUGGCACAGAGUUUACAAGACCGCCAGAGUUAUCUUAAUCUCACAAAAAUGGCGCUCUUCCUACAAGUCAAUACCGUCCGGCGUUUGGAUAGUGUAGCUACACAAGCGCAGCAACAGCAACAACAGCAGCUACAACAGAAAAAGCGUGCAAAACAAACUGAAACACUUGAGCAAUAUCCCGAUUGGGAUGCAAAGCGGGGUCGUUUUCUCGUACAACUUUAUAAUAUUUUGCAAUUUCCGAUAGAGAAACUUUGGAAUCCACCUGUAGCUGAGGAAAAUUUCGUGAAUCUCGUUUGUGAUAUCUGUUAUCGCACACUAGAAUUGGUACAUCCACGCUCUGACAAUCGUCAUAUCACAGAUACCGUAUUUCAAAUAUUCGGCACGGCUAUAAAACGCUACAAUCAUGCUCUUACUUUUCCUGUGCGCGUGCUACAAAUUUUGCGUACCACCGAGCAUGCUGCUGUAUCUAUUGCAAGUGGCAUAAAUGUGCUGCAUGAAGAGUACGGUAUAUCCAGCGUUUUCUCGGUGCUAAUCAAGGAUAUUGUAGAAACGUUGACGGUCGAUUCAGCCGAUACGGCAGUGUCUCGUAACUUCUCCAACUUUUUAAUGGAACUGGCUACGAUUGCACCCAAGCUAAUGAUACCUCAUCUUUCAACACUAUGCGAUGAGCUGCUCAAUUGCGAAUCACACACACUGCGAAAUUGCAUAUUGCAGAUUAUGGGUGAUGCUAUUGUGGGUGAACUGACAUCGGAAGAGCUCUCUGAGGAAUUAAAAGAGGCUAGAAAUGAGUUUCUAGAAAAUCUAUUGGCACACAUCAAUGAUGUUUCAGCCCACGUGCGAGCUAAAGUGCUCCAAAUAUGGAAUAAUAUGAAGGAAGAAAACGCAGUGCCAUUAUCGUUUCAACUGAAAGUUUUAUGUGAGGCAGUAGAUCGUUUGGAGGACAAAACGUCGUCUGUGCGAAAACACGCUGUUCAGUUGAUCAAGUCGUUUUUGGAGCGCAAUCCUUUUGCAGCGAAGCUUACCUUGGAAGAGCUAAUCAAGAAGCAUAGUGAGGAGUGUGAGAAGAUGGAAAAGUUGAGUGAAGUGCUGGCGGAGGAGCGAAAAAAGGCAGAAGAGCUGGAUGAAAAGUGGAAUGUUCUGAUACCAGUAAUAUUACCCAUUGUAGAAGAGCACCUAAAGGAAUGCACCGAAGACCUACCUGAGAACACACAAGAAAACUAUGAAGACAUGAUACAACGCAUUUCUGGACUUUUGCUAGAAAAAAAAUAUCGUGAGGCUGUAGUUUUGGUACGUAAAGCUGACCAGGUGGCUGGAAAUGCAGAAUUGAGGCACACUUUGAAACUGGAAGAGCAAUGCGCUUACUACAUGGCGCUACUGAAGUCUUAUAUCUUCUUGGCGAACGGUUGCAAGGAUAGUAACGAAGAAUUGGGCACCCAAAUAAAAACCGUCCAAUUUCUGCAAGACUCCAUUGAGUUCUCUAAGGUCAUUACCAAGGCUGUGCCGAAAAUACAAGAACUGCUGCUCUCAAAAACCAAUUCAGAUGUAUUUGAAGCCGUUGAUCUCUUCACCACUGGUUAUAUGUUUGGUAUAAAAGGCACUGAAGGUGGUAUGCGUCGGAUGUUGUAUCUGGUUUGGUCCUCGGACAAAGAGAAGCGUGAUGCUGUUUCUAACGCCUAUAAGAAAGUGCUAUUUACUACCGACCAAACUGGCAGAGCUCAUGCCAUCAAAGUGAUUCAAAAUCUUAUGCGCUUCCUUGCGGAACUCGAGUACGGACAUUACACCGCCAUGGAGUGCUUAAUGCGCGAAUGGGUUUCCACUGAUGAUAUUGAUGUUGCCAUCAUACAAGUGCUUUUCGAGCGCUUUACUUUGAAAUUAGAGGGCACUUCCGAUAAUGAAUCGCGCCUAGCACUCCAAUUGCUAAUAAUGGCCUCAAACGCCAAGUCGUCUAUUGCAUCGGCAAACAUUAAUGUCAUUGAAACCAUUGGCCUGGGUGAUCGCGCCAAAUCUGAUCCACGCAUUUAUACUGGUUGCAUGGAGUUUAUGCUGACCUCGAUCGAUUCAAGUAUUCAUUCAAAGUUCUACAAACGUUAUGAGCCUGAUUCGCAGCUUGUACAAAAAGUCACUGAUUUAUAUCAGCAAUUUUUCUUUCAUCCCGGCGUGUCGGAUUUUGAUAGGCUGACAAUGCGAACCCUUGAGUUCUUCUUUCAUCUGUGUCAAACGCCAGAUGUGAUUUGCCAGAAAAUCGUUGUUGCUUUACUAAAAAAAUUCCGUGACUUCGCUGUAUGCACCACGGAAAUUACACCUUCACAACAAGCGCAUUCGCUGGAAACGCCAUUUUCGCAACAAAUACCAGAGAGCCAGGCGACAAUUCGUAACUCCGAUGCCAUGAACGCCCAGCAACAGCGCAUGCCAGUUUUCCUGCUGACGCGUUUUCUCUUCACCAUUGGCUACAUGACGCUGAAGGAAAUGAUUUUCCUCGAUAUUGAUGUGUACAAUAAUAUGAAGUUUCGACAAGAGCUAACGGAAUGUGAGGAGAAGAAAAAAAAGAACGCGUUCAAUACGAAUAGACGUAAGACGGGUAAUUUGAAUAUGUCUGCAACCGAGUCGUUGAAGCGAUUGUCGGGCACAGCUGCUGAACCACAACAAGAGCCCGAUGAAGAUCUUGUUGGUGCCACCGCUGAAGAUAACAUCGCUGAGCUUAUCAAUCACAUUUGCGAGAAUGUACUUCUCUAUUCCGAAAAUGCACUGCUUGCAAAAAUAUUUCCCUAUGUUAUGGAGAUCUGCAAAUACCCAGUGAAAUAUCGUGAUCAGUCACUGCAGCAGGCUGCCACGCUCACACUUAUACGAUUCAUGUGCGUUUCCUCGAGCUUCUGCGAAGCUAAUAUGCCAUUUCUCAUGAACAUCUUAAGCCACACCAAAAAUAUUAAAAUUAAAUGCAAUAUUGUAAUUGGUUUAUCUGAUCUAACAUUCCGUUUCCCCAACAUAAUCGAGCCAUGGACGGGUCACUUCUACUCGACGCUGCAUGAAAAGAAUACAGAAUUACGGCUCACAGCAGUGAAGAUGCUUUCACAUCUUAUUCUGCAUGAGAUGAUACGCGUUAAAGGACAAAUUGCUGAUUUGGCAAUGUGUAUUGUAGAUCCUGAUGCGGAAAUUAAGAACAUCACUCAGCAGUUCUUCAAAGAAAUUGCCAACAAGUCGAAUAUCCUGUACAAUGUAUUACCCGAUAUCAUAUCAAAACUGAGCGAUAUUAAUUUGAAUUUGGAGGAGGAGAAGUAUCGUAUCAUAAUGCGCCACAUACUGGGUUUGAUACAGAAAGAUCGCCAGGUAGAAACGUUGGUGGAGAAGUUGUGCUUGCGUUUUCCGGUGACGCGAGAAGAACGUCAAUGGCGCGACAUCGCCUACUGUCUCAGCUUGCUCUCCUACAAUGAACGCACCAUCAAAAAGUUAAUAGACAACUUACAGCACUACAAGGAUAAGGUACAAAUCGACGAAGUAUAUCAGUCAUUCAAGUUGAUCAUAAGUAAUACGUCCAAAAUGGCUAAACCCGAAUUGAAAGCUGCCGUUGCGGAAUUAGAGACGCGCAUCAAUGAGUGUCUCGAAGUAAAUGACGGUAAAACGCGUGAAGAUAAAGAAGGUGGUGGUGGUGAUUCGAGUACUGGCCGCGCCGAAACACGUAGUAAACGCACAAACAUUAAGUCGCGAGGUGCUCAACAAGCGCGCGGCGGACGCCGUGAGCGACGCGGUAAAUCGUCUACUAGCGAAUCGAGUAGCAGCAGUGAUGAUGAAGCGCCGCCAACACAAAAGCAACAACCGCGUAAAACGCCAGCACGCUCUGUCCAACAAAAACAACGAAAUCGAGCGGCAAUUGUGGAUUCGGAAUCCUCGUCAGAAGAAGAGACUGCCCAACCAGCGCACAGUGGACGCAAAGCAGCGUCAGCGGCGAGUGUUAAGAGCAGACAAGCUGCAACCGCUUCGAAAUCAAGUGUGACCGAAAAUAAAUCGCGCACUGGGCCACGCAGUAAAGUCAUCGAAGAAUCUGCCAGCUCGGAUGAUGCGGAGCAACAACAUCCGCAGCGCAAGCGCGGACGUGGCAAUCGAAAAUGAACUGACUGAAUCCAUAAACGACAUAUUCUACAAAUAUAAUUAUUUCAAUAUAGUUUAGUAACUAGCAGAAAACCUAAAAUACAUAGGUAACUAAACACAAUUCCUACAACUAGAAUAAUCAUAUAAUUUUUAAUUCAUCUUCACUGUUUAGAAAUUAAAUAGAAAAUAAAUAAUAUUAAAAUCCAUGCUCGUGAAAAUCGUAAAAGGUCUAAAAGAAAGCUGACCUCAUGGGACAUUUUUGAUAUGAAAACUAAAAUACAUUUAAUAAUAUAUUUGCACUAAUUUUUGUAUAAGGAUACGCUACUAACCAAAAAAUCGUAAAACAAGUUGAAAAUGCUUCGCCAUUGCAACAUUAACCAUAUCGCAACGAACACCUCAAAUCAUAUUCACAUCACACCGUGAAAUCUGAUUGCUCAUCAUGCAUCAUAUGAUUUAAUAUCACAUCAUAUGCAGUUUUAACAUCACUUGAUUUUCCUUCAUGUCAGCGAAAAUUAAAAUUUUCCAUACAUGUUUUAUUCAGAAGUAGGCAUAUCACAUCACGUCCUAUGAUCACACUCCCAUCACUUGAAAAGUAUAAGCUACAAUCAACUUGCGACAUCAACUACUACAUACUAUCAAUACUCUUUAAGACCUAUUUGCCAAUCAACUUAUUCAUACUGCAUACAUUUCAUCAAGUGAAAUAACCAUCAAAAUUAUGUGAUUUACAUGUGAUAAGGUGAGUAGUU